CGUCAACACUUGAUUUGUUUGGGUUGUUUUGAAGCAUCCGUAAAAUCAUUAUUGCAUAGCUAAUAUAUGUGUUAUGAAACUACAACAUCAACUGGACAGGAAUUGCUUGUAUAAGUAUAAUCGCAAGAAUUGCUAGUUGGCAUUGAUUGAAGUGGCUUGGCAAAGAUAUGAGUUCCAUUCAGUUGUUCAGAACAUCGACUGGUAGACAUCCUUACAUGUCCCGCUGGUCAAGAAAUGAGCCCGCAGCUUGCAGAAUGUAUCUUGGAAACUGUGAUCAUUGGUCCAAGUUAAAACAUAGGGCAGCCAUAUUGACUCUGAAAUACGGAGAUGGCGACACGGGGAUUGCGUUUUGGUCUGACAACGAACCCGCCGAGAACACUGAAAUAGCAAGAGGUCAGCUUCUACAACGUGAACAUCAACAAAACAACAAACGACUUUCCUCUAUCGGAAACAAAACCUUUACGGAGACCAUGAUUCAUUGUUUAAGCGGCGAGAAGCCUGGUCACAACACAGCGUCGAGAGAUUGUAGGAAAAAUAUUCUGCGCAGCUCAGCUAACGACAGGGCGCGUGAAGGAUUUCGGUAUUGGGUUUUGGAGAAGCCCAUCCCUAAAGGGGGCAAAUACACGACUGGCGCCAGGACAUCAGUGCUAGGACUUGGAAAAUCUUUUUAUCCAUAAGUGGUGGGAUUCUUCUCUGCACGAGUGGUUUUUAAAGUUUAACUCGACAAUGAAGUAUCAAUGUAGUGCAUGCGCAAGACUUGUGUGAUUGGGAUAACGUUCCAAUUAAUGAAUAUCAUUUCACUGAUUAAGAGAUUAGUAAUCUGGAGCGUUGCCGUUGAAGAAGUAUUCAACUGUAAAUCGCCGCAAAUUACAUUUUCACAGCCCUCGGGCUGCGUUCCAUCGCGGUCAGUUAUGAAAAUUCACUAGAACAUUCAUAUAGUAAAAUGAGAAGUAAUACACAAUCUGAUGUAUAAAAUGUUUGACAUGUCACAUGAAUUUAGCUUAAUUUUGACGUUUCUUCUUACUCCGGAUGCCCUCCUAUUUCCUUAAUGUAACCGAUUAAACAAUUUAACAUUGCUAUCGCAACAGAUUUAAAAUUGCAAAUAAUUUUUUAUUAGUAAAUACCGUUUGUUCAUUACUCUACAGUCUAUAUAUACUUCCUAAUUGGUGUGUGGUGUGCAUUAUGAUACUUAUAAAUAGCUACGUGAAAUAAUGAUAAUAUAUUUAUGUUUAUGAAGAAACAGAUCGAGUUUCUAUAAUAUGGUGGUGCUUAUUUAUGUGAAGAAUUUGCUGAUUAGAACUUUGGAUAAAAAUAAGUGA